UCCGGAGGUGUUUCCCCCUCCGUGCGCUGCCGUGAUUCGUGGAACGGGGGUUCAGCCAGGGCUCGGCGGUGAUUUCCCCCCGUGCCGGGUGAAAGCAGGUUCCUCCGGCCGCGGAGCAGGUUCGUCCUCCCCCGCAGAGUUCGGCGGUGCCCCCGCAGAAGAGGAACCGGCUCUGGGCUGCCCACGGAGCGUGGCAUUGCCCGCGGUGGUUGUUCCUGGGGAUCUGCGCUUCGGGAGUUUCGUGGCAGUUUCCUGCGGUGCCACGGCGAGAGGAGGAAGUGUCUCCUUCUGCCAGCCCGGGGCUGCACCCCCGGCGGGCAGGGCAGGGUUGGGAUCGAUCCCUGCCCAGCCUGGGUGCGCCUCCUGUGCUGCACCACUGGGAAGGUGCCGCCUCGGCUAGAGUUCCCCUGGACGGGGUUGAUGGCAAGCCCAGCCCGCCUGUCUGAUGCCGCAUUGGAGGCAGGGAGUGCCGCUAUGGAGCGCAGGGAUGGAGGCCACGCUCUGCAUCCACACGUGCCUUUGGCUGAGCGCCGCCUGGAUCCCCCUCGCCUCGCCAGCCGGAGCGGCCUGCGGCGGGCAGUGCUCUCCGGACACUGAGGGCCACCACGGCAAGCUGACGUGGGCCGUCAGCCUGGAUGCACCCGAGGAGGAGCUGGAGCAGCGGGCAGAGGAGCUGGCCCGGACUGCGGGGCUGGUGAACAUGGGCCGUGUCGGGGAGCUCAAGGGCCAUUACCUCCUCGCCUACCAGCCCAACGGUGCGGGGAGUGAGCCCGAGGCAAUAAGGAGGUCGGUGGACACUUUGUUUGCACAGCACGACAGCGUGCGGUGGCACUCGGAACAGAAGCUUCUGAAGCGCUCCAAGCGCAGCCUGCACUUUAACGAUCCCAAAUACCCCCAGCAGUGGCAUCUGAACAACCGCAAGAGCCCCGGGAAGGACAUCAACGUCACGGGCGUGUGGGAGCGGAACGUGACGGGGCGCGGCGUGACGGUGGUGGUGGUGGACGACGGUGUGGAGCACACCAUCAAGGACAUACAGCCAAACUACAGCCCAGAAGGCAGCUAUGACUUGAAUUCCAAUGACCCCGACCCUAUGCCUCACCCCGACGAGGAGAACGGGAACCACCACGGGACCCGCUGUGCCGGGGAGAUCGCGGCUGUGCCAAACAACAGCUUCUGCACGGUGGGAGUUGCCUACGGGAGCCGCAUCGCAGGCAUCCGAGUGCUGGAUGGGCCCCUCACGGACAGCAUGGAGGCCAUCGCCUUCAACAAGCACUAUCAGAUCAACGACAUCUACAGCUGCAGCUGGGGUCCCGAUGACGACGGGAAAACUGUGGAUGGCCCCCAUCAACUGGGAAAGGCUGCCCUGCAGCACGGGGUCAUCGCCGGCCGCCGCGGCUUCGGGAGCAUCUUCGUGGUGGCCAGUGGGAACGGUGGCCAGCACAGUGACAACUGCAACUACGAUGGAUACGCCAACUCCAUCUACACUGUCACCAUAGGAGCAGUGGAUGAGACGGGCUCCAUGCCGUUCUAUGCUGAGGAAUGUGCCUCCAUGCUGGCUGUGACCUUCAGUGGUGGGGACAAGAUGAUGAGGAGCAUUGUGACAACGGACUGGGAUUUGCAGAAGGGCACGGGCUGCACGGAGGGUCACACGGGCACGUCGGCGGCCGCCCCGCUGGCAGCCGGGAUGAUCGCGCUGAUGCUGCAGGUGCGGCCCUGCCUCACCUGGCGGGAUGUGCAGCACAUCAUCGUCUUCACUGCCACCAAGUACGAGGACCGUCACGCUAAGUGGGACACGAACCAGGCAGGCUUCAGCCACAGCCAUCAGCAUGGCUUUGGCCUGCUGAACGCCUGGAGGCUGGUCAAUGCUGCCAAGAUCUGGGAGUCUGUCCCAUACCUCGCCUCGUACGUGAGCCCUGUGCUGAAGGAGGGCAGGAGCAUCCCCCUGCUCCCACGGGAGCUGGAGGUCGCCUGGAAUGUCACCACUGCCGACCUGGAGCUGUCUGGCAUGAGGACCCUGGAGCAUGUGGCAGUCACUGUCACCAUAACCCACCCCCGCCGUGGCAACCUGGAGAUCAGGCUCUUCUGCCCCAGUGGGAUGAUGUCCCUGAUUGGGACCACCCGGAGCAUGGACUCGGACCCCAGUGGCUUCUCUGACUGGACCUUCUCCACGGUGCGGUGCUGGGGCGAGGGGGCACAGGGCACGUACAGGCUGCUCGUCAGGGACAUCGGAGAUGAGAGCCUGAGGCCUGGCACCUUAAAGCAGUGGCAGCUGACCCUGUACGGCUCCUCCUGGUCCCCGGCAGAGAUGAAGGAACGGCACAGGCUGCUGGAGGAAGCCAUGAGUGGGCAGUACCUGAGCAGCAACUUCUCCCUGCCCUGUCCCCCGGGGCUGGACAUCCCCGAGGAGCAGCACUACACCAUCACAGCCAACACCCUCAAGACCCUCCUGCUCUUGGGAUGCUUCGCCGUGUUCUGGACUUUCUACUACAUGCUGGAGGUUUGCCUGACAAGGAACGACGUGGGGCUGGACCUGGCCUGCUCCAGCUCCCCCAGCUGCAGGUGGUACCAGCAGGGCGGGAAGCACCGAGCCCUGGAGAGCGGCCUGGAGAUGGAGUCGGUGCCGCUGUACCGAGAGAAGGACGUGGAGGAGGCCGAGAUGGAGUGUGAGCACCCAGAGCCUGCCCGGGAUGGGGAGGAGGGGUCCUGGACCCCCACCCACCCCGAACUUCUCAGCAAUGGCAGAGCUGUGAGCUUCCACGAGGCAGCUCCCGCCGGAGCGGGAUACCUGGGCCGGGAGGCACCGGCUGAGCUCCUCCUGGAGGACAGGGAGCACCGGCCGUGCUGACUGGGGCUGGGCUGGGGCUGGGCUGGGCUGGGGCCCUCCCCUGUGGUACGACCCUCCUGGGCACAGGCAGCACAGACUCAUUCCUGAGCCAGUGUGGACCAUUGCCACUGUGUUCUGUGGAAGGUGGUGUUGGAAGUGGCUCGGAAACAAGGAAAAAAGAGUGCUGGUACUGGAAGGGGAGCUCCCCUUCCCUCGCUCUGGAAAACAAAGCAAGCCUUAAACCCCUUCCUGAGGGAGCCUGUCCUGCAGGGCACUCAGAGGUCCCUGCUGUGUGUGGAGCAGGGCCCUGUGCCAUUCCUGCUGGGAGCGUGGCAGCUGUGGCAGAGCUCCACACCAACCCCCUUCACGCCACUGCUCCCAAGCCUGGCAGUGCAGGCAAGACGUGUCCCUUUGUCCCUGAUUUCUGCAGAGAGCCUGGAAAACCCAGCAGGGCCCCUGGAAGGUGCCUCUCCAGGCAGGGACCCCACAGCACUGGCAGUUUCCUGCCCACUGGGCUGGCAGUGGCCUCUACCCACCAGUUAUCCCAGUUUAGAAGCAGGGAGCUACUUUACUCAUCUCCAACCAGCGCUUCUCCCUGUCCCCUGUGCUCUGAUCCUGCUGGUUCCUCCUCUCCCCUGGGCAUGGAGCAGCUGUGGGGCUGGGGAAGCAGGAACAGGCCUGUUUGGGUGGCAGGAUGAGGCUGUUCCUGCAACGGUGGGCACAGGAGUCCCUCUGGCAGCAGAGCUCACUGGGGCCACUGUCCCAGAUCUCCCUCCCCAUCCAGGAGGGACAAAGCUGGGAGCAAUGCUUGGUUUGGGCCAGGGAGGGGAGGAUGAGUUGCUCUGGCAGUGGCUCGUCUGAGCAGGGUUGGCUUGUUCACAUGUCUUUGGGUUUGGUGGUUUAUUUUUUUAAGGCUGGGGUUUGUUUUUUAAUCAGCAAAGCCCUUUUGUGUAGCUUUCCAAAUAAAGCCUGAAAAACCCUC